AUGAAGUCCCAGGCAACCACGAUUUGCUGUUUAAUAUUAUUUCUGGCCACAGAAUAUUCUCAUAGUAGAUUCCAUAUCCGCACAAAAGAUGGAGAUAAACUUCAGAGUCCUGAAAGAAAACCCAAGACUGGAAGAAUUCAAGGAAAAUGCCACGGACCUUGCAGCGCUUCUAACUGCAGCCAGCCCUGUGCUCAGCACUUUCAUGGAGAAAUAGGAUUUAUCUGUAAUGGAAACAAGUGGCAGAAAUCAACUGAAACAUGUACAAGCCUUUCUGUGGAAACACUCUUUAUGGACUCAAACAGUGCAUCACGCCUCUCUGUGGCAGCACCGUCUAUAACUCUGCACAUUCUUGACUACCAAACCCCAGAGCCCAUCAGGAGUGUAGCUCAAGGAAUCCAAAAGAAUUGCCCACUGGAUUACGCCUGCAUAAUUAAUGCUGUGAAAUCAUCAGAAGCAACGUCCGGAAAUAUUGCAUUUAUAGUGGAGUUACUAAAAAACAUUUCUACAGAUUUGUCUGAUAAUGUCACCCGAGAGAAAAUGAAGAGCUACAGCAAAGUGGCCAACCACAUCCUCAACCCCGCGGUCAUUCCAAACUGGGCUUUCAUUCCAGACAAAAAUGUCAGCUCCGAUUUGUUGCAGUCAGUGAACUGGUUUGCGAGGCAACUCCAUAUCCAAAAUGAACCUGAGCACAUUGUGGAUGAACUCUUCAUUCAGACAAAAGGGUUCCCCAUCAACAACAAGACCUCAGAGAGAAGUCUCAGUUUCUCCAUGAACUUGAACAACACAGUGGAGGGCAUCCUCGGAAUCAUAGAAAUUCCCAGGCAAGAGCUGUGGAAGCUGCCCCCAAAUGCAUCCCAAGCUGUUGGCAUAGCUUUUCCCACCCUGGGGGCGGUCCUGAAAGAAGCCCACUUGGAAAAUGCCCAUCUUCCCAGGCCGGUAAAUGGACUGGUCCUUUCAGUGAUUUUACCAGAAAAAUUGGAGCAAAUCUUAUUCACCUUUGAGAAGAUGAACAAAUCACAGAAUGCCAGGGCCCAGUGUGUUGGCUGGCACUCCAGGAAAAGGAGGUGGGAUGAGAAUGUCUGUGAAACAACGCUAGACACCAUGAACAGAGUUAAAUGCCGGUGUAACUACACCAACGUGAUGAUGUCUUUUUCCAUCCUCAUGUCCCCCAUAUCUGUGGACAACAAAGUCCUGGACUACAUCACCUGCAUUGGGCUCAGCGUCUCCAUCCUCAGCUUGAUUCUUUGCCUGAUGAUUGAAGCCACCGUCUGGUCCCGGGUGGUCAUGACGGACAUAUCAUAUAUGCGACAUGUAUGCAUUGUGAAUAUAGCUGUGUCGCUCUUGACUGCCAAUGUGUGGUUCAUCUUAGGCUCCAACUUUAACAAAAAGGCCCAGGACUACAACUGGUGUGUUGCGGUGACAUUUUUUAGCCACUUUUUCUACCUCUGUCUGUUUUUCUGGAUGCUCUUCAAAGCCCUGCUCAUCAUCUAUGGACUGCUGGUGGUUUUCCGGAGGAUGAUGAGGUCCCGCAUGAUGGCCAUUGGCUUUGCCGUUGGCUAUGGGUGCCCGUUAGUCAUUGCUGCCACCACUGUGGCUAUCACAGUGCCAGGGAAAGGUUACGUGAGACGUGGUGCCUGUUGGCUUAACUGGGAUGACACCAAAGCCCUUCUAGCCUUUGCCAUCCCAGCCUUGGUCAUCGUGGCUGUGAAUCUUGUUGUGGUUUUGAUUGUGGCUGUCAACACUCAGAGGCCCUCUAUUGGCAGUUCCAAGUCUCAAGAUGUGGCCAUAAUCCUGAGGAUCAGCAAAAAUGUCGCCAUCCUCACCCCACUAUUGGGACUGACCUGGGGUUUUGGAAUAGCUACACUCAUAGAAGGCACUUCCUUGAUAUUCCACAUAAUCUUUGCCCUGCUCAAUGCUUUCCAGGGGUUCUUCAUCUUGCUGUUUGGAACCAUUAUGGACCACAAGAUACGAGAUGCUUUGAGGAUGAGGAUGUCUUCACUGAAGGGGCAGUCGAGGGUAGCAGAGAAUGCAUCGUUAGGCCCCACCUAUGGAUCUAAAUUAAUGAAUCGUUGAGGAGAAGACGUUGCUCCAUGCUUCAUGGAAGUCCUGGGUCCUGGCUGGAGAGUUGAACUCCUGCAGGAGGCUGGAAGG